UAAUACAUAGAAAAUAUUUAUAUUUUAUAUAUUGUAUAUAAAAUCCCGCAAUUGCAAAGCGAUUAGGGUUUUAGUUACCGCCAGUCAGUCUUCACACACUGCUUUCGAAUUUGGGCGUUUCUUGAAGAAGUUUGCUGCAUCUUCCUUAUCCGCAAUCAUGGGGAAGACUCGUGGAAUGGGAGCUGGUCGAAAGUUGAAAUCUCACCGUAGAAGGCAGAGGUGGGCAGACAAGGCAUAUAAGAAAUCUCAUCUUGGUAACGAGUGGAAGAAGCCCUUUGCAGGGUCAUCUCAUGCCAAAGGGAUUGUGCUUGAGAAGAUUGGAAUUGAAGCCAAGCAGCCCAACUCUGCUAUUAGAAAAUGUGCUCGUGUUCAAUUGAUUAAGAACGGGAAGAAGAUUGCUGCUUUUGUACCUAAUGAUGGCUGCCUCAAUUAUAUCGAGGAGAAUGACGAGGUAUUGAUUGCGGGGUUUGGACGUAAGGGUCAUGCUGUGGGAGAUAUUCCUGGUGUUAGGUUCAAGGUUGUUAAGGUUUCUGGAGUUUCACUUCUUGCUCUCUUCAAAGAGAAGAAAGAAAAGCCAAGAUCCUAGAAAGAACCCUAAAACCAACCCACCUCCCCAAUGAGAAUGACACUGUUUCUUUAAAAUCAAAUUUUGAUGUACAACUCUUUAUUUUUAAUUUUCAAUGACACCACUGCCGUUAUUGUUAA